CACCGUAUAUAACCCUUUUCUCUUCUCCUAUCUUGUGCUGUGUGUGUAAGACUGAUAAAAAAAGAAAAAAGAAUUCAGAGACAACAAAGAAUAAAACUAUGGCAAAGGUAAGGGAGAAGCUAUACAUCACCGUUCCGAACCUUUUCCGGUGCCCAAUCUCUAUGGACGUAAUGAGGUCUCCCGUAAGCCUGUGCACCGGCGUCACAUAUGAUCGCUCCAGCAUUCAGCACUGGCUCGACUCAGGUCAUGACACGUGUCCCGCUACUAUGCAAGUUCUUCCCUCCAAGGACUUCAUCCCCAACCUCACCCUCCACCGCCUCAUCCGUCUCUGGCUUCUCUCCGGCGAACCUUCGCCGGAUUCCCGAACCUCCGGCGACCAACUCCGUGCUCUCCUCCGCGGAAUCCAAACCGCCGACGAAAACCUCGCCGUUUUUCUCUCCAAGAUCGCCGAAUUCGCCAAACUUUCCGGUGAAAACCCCCGAUUACUAGCCACCUUCCCUGGCUUUGACUCCGCCAUCGUUCGCGCUCUUGCCAGAAGUGCUUCGCGGAUCGACGCGACAGAAAACGCGAUUUCAAUUCUCGAUUCAGUUUUCCGGGAAAACGGAGAUUCAGCCGUCGCCGGAGAGAAAAUCCGACGGUUGAUUCUCGACGCUCGCGAAGAAUGCUUCGUUUCGAUGAUAUCCGUUUUGAGAAACGGCUCGUUGCGAUCGAAGAUUGAAGCGGUUAGGAUAUUGGAGUUUCUAGCCGGGGAUUUCCAAUCGAAGAAAUCAAUCGCCGAAACGCGAAGUUUGUUGUCGUUGCUCACGAGCGUUUUGAAGGACGGGGGAGAGGAGAUAAACGACGCCGUUUUGUCGCUACUGGCUGUCGUUUCGGUGACUCAGUCAGCGAAGGUUGAACUUGUUAGGUGCGGACUCGUUGAUGUGCUUUCGAAGAUGUUGCGAAACUCGUCGUGUUCGUCGACGACGGCGGAGAGGUGCCUGAGGAUGCUGGCGGUGGUGGCGACAUGCGCGGAUGGGAGGGCAGCAAUGGCGGAGGAGCCGUCGUGCGCUAUCGCGGUGGUGGAGAGGGUGCCGAAGGUGCCGAAGGCCGCAGCAGAGGAUGCGGUGGUGGUGUUGUGGAGCCUGUGCUGUUUGUGCGGAAACGUUAAAGUGAGGGAUGACGUGGCAAAGCGAAACGGCGUCGCGGUGAUCCUUUUGGUUAUGCAGAGGGGGUGGGAGGAUCACGUGAGGGGCAUGUGCGUCGAUUUGAUCAAGGUUUUGAGGGGUGCGUGCAAGAACCCGUUGGAACUGGGAAGCUAUGACACCAAAACCACUCAUAUCAAACCUUGCUAAUGUUGAACCAUAUUUUUUACUUUUUGGUGAAUAGUUGACCCUCUUUUUAGCAUGCAACAUAAGAAUGUUUCAUGUUGAGCUUACUCUGUUCUUCAUCCUUUUGGAAAGAAAGAUAAUGUAUAUUGUUGCGAGAAUAAUGUUUGAAUACAAUGAAACAGAAGGAAAACAAAUU